UGUCAUUUGUGUUUCGGUUUUGAACAACUAGCGGUGGUCCAGUUGUUUGAAAAGUGUUUGAAAAUAGUAAUUUUUUUACUUUAAUAUAUAGAUAUAUAGUGUUUGUAAAAUUAAAUAGUAUUCAAAAAUGUCUGGACAAUGGGAAGUAGUAACUAAAAAACGCGAUAAGGGAAGUAAACUGCCAGUACCAAAAGUUAAUAAUCCAAAGGAAAUAAAAAAUAAUAAAAACAUUCUCAAUGGUGUAAAAAUAGAGGAAGUUUUGCCAAAAGCUCAGGUACAGAGCCUUUAUGGUAAAUCGAAAGAAAAUAAAGUUCAAGACAAAAAUAAACCUAAGGAGAGUGUGAAGAAAGCAGCUGUUAAGAAAGAUAAACCUGUGGAACCACCAAAGCCUAAGCCACCGAAGUCCAUUGAAAGUGCUCUUAAUUCUAUCGAUGUUAACGAAUUUAAAGAUAUAUAUGAAAAAAAUAGAAAUCAUUUUCCUGAUGCUCCUAUUGUAUGGUUGAAGGAAUUACUGCAGUAUUUAAAUCAAAAGAUUCCCAUCGAGAGCCAUGAUCCAGUUUUUGCAUCAAAACCUGUUAACUACCCUCUCAAUGUGGUUCCUUCUGAUUUACUCUCUAUCAUAGAAAAAGCAGUAAAAGAAGCAGGAAAAAACAAUGCUCAGUUGUUUUUCGACAUAUGCUUAACUUCUAUGGCUACUGAUAUGAGCAAAGGUCUUCCUUCGAUAGGAUAUAAAAUAUUUUUACAAUAUAUUGCCUUGCAAGAACCACGUUUAGUUACAGAAAAUCUUCAAAAACACGUUAGUCUAAGGAAUUCGUAUCAAAAUAGACCUAACAUUGGGCAAUCUAUUCUUUGGGGCGUGAGCCAUGUCGGAUAUAAAGAUUUCAGCAGUGGGUUGAUAGUUUUUCAAGAUCUAUUUCUACCCUUGAUAGACAUGAAGAACUACUCCCGCUACAUUCUCACUUAUUUAGUAAACCUAAUCAAGAACACCAACGAAAAAUCACUUACACUGGAAGAAUCUUUAUCGAUAUUAAACAUUGUUUACAGCAACAGAAAGAACAUGCCCAGUGAUUUGGUACAAGAAGUGUCGAACAACGUCGCUCGUAUUAAACCUUUAAACUCUAAAAAAGGCAGCUCUAACAUUGAAAUAAUGCUCAAGAAUAUCGUAUUAAAUAAUAAUGCCUCAUAUCAAAAGUGCCUGUGUGAUAUUUUAGUGGAAGCUUUCCACCAAGAUCCUUCGGCUUUGGCUGCUUGGAGUAAGGCUUACUCUAAAAAUGUACAAUCAAGUGCCGUAGUUCUUGAACAUAUAAGCAAUAACUGGUCCACGGUAUCACAUAAGAUCAACAAAAGUGCUUUAACUAAUUUACUCAAUAAUUUAAGUACGGCAAACGUAGAAUUAUCUUCGAAAAAACGUAAGGAAGAAGGACUGAAAUCCAGUAUUAACUCUAUACAGAAAAUCCAAGAGAAAUUGGCAAUCAAAAAGAAAGGAGGUUUUCCAUAUAAACUUUUAAUUCUGUUGACAUUGGCAGUUGGAGGUGCAAUUUCUUAUGAUAUCAAACAACAUGGCAGUUGGAAUGAUUCUCUUACAAGGAAAACGUUAAAAGAAUAUAAAGUAUGUGAAUACUCACAUUUGGCGAUAGACAGAGUUAAGAGCGGAUUACAUUGGACAAGUGAAAAAAUUGAAGAACAGUUCCCAGGUUUGCAACAAAAUGUUGCCGUCUUUUCAGAACCUUACGUUGAGUUGCUCGUUAAUCUAGGAAAGAUUGGUCGUAACGUCGCAUUUAACGUGAAAGAUGUUAUCGUUGAGAAGUAUCCUGUUGUUGUUGAAUCGGUUGAAGCUUAUUUACCAGGAUUAGUUGAGAAUUCACAGAAGGCCAUAAGUGAAGUUUAUAUAACAUCAGUUUUAUAUUUCAACAGAGGUGUAGACUAUCUUAAAAAUGAAGUAUUUGUGGGCCAACUCUCACCAGAAAACAUGCAGAGAGUGGUUGUCGAAGCAUUUAAUACGACACAACAAAAGGCUGUUGAAUACUACCACUGGAUUUAUAAAAAAGUUCAGACGAGCAUCAAAUGAAAUACGUAUGUUGAUUAAUUAGGUUUUUCAAUUUAUUUGAACCAAAAAUCCGUUACUACCACACCAACUUAGGUUCAGUUUCAGAAAUAAUUUUGCAUACCCCUGUAUACAAGAUCUAUUUCGAAUGUUUGAUAUUAGAACUUGCAGAUGUUUGUGACUUUACUGUUAAUAUUUUCAUAGGAAUCGUUUGGUUGCGAGAUAUUGAGUACAGUACAAAAAUAAGUUUGUUGGUAGUUCUGCUGGACAGUAAUAAAUCUACAAUUUUUUAUACAUUUCUUGUCUUUGGUUAUAGGGUGAGAAACUAGAUGAAUGAAAGCGUACUGCUAAGACAUACUAUUAUUUAAGUUUAUUGUUUUAAUUUAUAAGUUAGAUGUGCAUGUAGAGAAGCGGUGUGUAAUUAGGUUCCAUGAAAUCUCGUAACGUGACAGUUCGUAACUAUACAAAUUCGUAACUCCAACCUUUAAUUUUUUUAGCAAAUUUAGUAUUACUGAAUUUAAUAAAAAAAUCAUUUUGCAUUCCUUUGUAUACUAAAAGUAAUGGUACUUUUUUAAGACGACUUUUUUUUAGAUAUAUUUCACACCAAUUUUUGCAUAUGUUCUUGUUAAUAUGACAACUAAAGAAUACAUUUUUUCAUUUUCAACGAAAACAUUUCGUUUAUAAAUUCGCAAAAGUGUGUGUGUUGUUGCGUUGCCGCUCGAUGGAUUCUUAUGUAGUUUUUUCUUCUGAAUCCAAAUCUGAAAACGGCAUUUCGAUAUUUCUAACCGUCUUCGAGAUAAUCGACCUCAAAGUCUAAAAUGUGACGUCACGAUCGUUUUAUUUUCUGCCGACACACUACACGUCCAGCUGAAAUCGUUGCUAUUAAGUAGGCUAGUUUUUUAAUCUCGAUUUUUUAAGCAAAGCACAGGUUAUUUACAUUUGAGUUUGACACUUCGUGAAUGUCAAACUAAAUUUUAAUUAAGUAUUAAUAAAACAUCAAUGACAUUUGAUAGUGAAUUUAAUUAUUAUAUAAAAUAAAUAAGAUGUCCAAAAAUACAAUUUGAGUAUAGUUUAAAAGCAAUAAUUUAUUAACAGCUUUAAAAAGGUUUAUACGAGUAUACGGCCUCCCCUUUAUGAUAAAUGGACUGUUCCAUUUGCUAUGAAAUUAAAAUAUGGUCGGUUCGCUAAACUCGACACAACUGGCCAAGUGAUUUUAGUAGGUAAUUUUUUUGUUUUUUGCGAAUUUUGCCAAAAUUGGGAAAAUUACUAAUUAUUUAAUAAUUAUUAACUAAUUAGUAAUCAUUUUUUUUGCCCAAUUGGAAAAAUUAUCGACUAAAAUCACUAGCCAGUUGUGUCUGAGUUAAGCGAACCGACAGUAUAUGAAAUAAUAUUGUUUGGUAUAAAAAAUUAUGGUCUGAUAUAUGCAAUUACAUUCUUCUAAUGGAAAAAAUAUUUGAAGAUUUUUCUCAAAUUAUGGAUACCAACAACAUUUUCAUUUAUAACUCUUUUAUUUUUAAUGUGACGAAAAAAAAGUUAUUCUUCAUAAAAAUCUCUUCAUGUUCUAAGAUUUAUGAUGUAACCAUAUAUAAAAUUUUAUUAAUUUUAUACGAGGUAUAUAAAAAAUAUGAAUUUCGAUCAAGAGUAAACUACCUUUAUAGUUCAUAACAUUUAAAUUAGAAUGAUAUAAUUGCACAUUAAAACAUAAUUAUUAAUUCUAAACCACUUUUCAUAAUAGCAAUUUUCCAUAUUAUGAACUAAAAUGCGUAUAUAAACAAAGUUUUCGUUAUGAUAAUGCUCGCAUUUUCAGCUUGUUUAUCCUGAAUUAGAAUUAUCAUUUUAAAGUAGUAAAACUACUGUUAAUGGUAGAUUAUAUUUAUUUUAAGAAAUAAUUUUCAAAAUAGUAUAUUUCUCCGCGAAAUAUGAAAAAUGUUUUAACCUGAUGCUCGUUCGUUAAAUUGACAAAACGUAAUUUCAAUUUUGUAACUGUAAUAAAAGUUAUUUUCCACGUGAACAAAAAUAAACAGAAUUUAAUUUUGACGUUACGAAUAUGUAUAAUAUGUAGUUACUGUCGCCGUUACAAAUUGUUCUUUACCAUUUGUACAGUUACGAACUGCCGCGUUAAGAGAUCACGGUCACGGUAUAAUCACUAUUAUAUGUAAAACUGUCAUUUUAGGGAAGCAUCACAUGUUAGCAUAUGAAUAUUUUUAAUUAAUAUAAGUCAUGACAAUAUGAACAAAAAGUGAUUUUAUAUUGUUUUAACUUAAUUUAUUUAUUAAAAAUUUUUGAAAACUAAAUUUACAAUUUAUAUUUUUACCACUCUGCGUAAACAGCCAAUAAACAAAUUUUUGUUUGACUUUUCUCCAACCAAUUUUUAUUAAAACAUAGAAAACUAGAACAUUGCAUUUUGUCAUUGAUUUUUAAACCUGGUGUAAAACUAUCUUAGUGGUAGUAGUAUUGAAUAAGGAAACAAGUCUGUUGUUUUAAGUACUGAUUCAUUCAAAGGUAUGUAAUAUUUUGUAAUUUUUAUCAAUUUUUUUAUAUAUUAAUUAUUGUCAGGAUUUACUUUGUUGAAAUAUAUAAUUUAUUACUUAA